CCUUACCAGAAUGGGUUAUCAUUUUUACUAUAUCAUCGCUGCGAAGGACAAACAUACCCGAUUAUUCACCGAUAAUGACAAAGCAGUUUAAGUAGUUUCAUACCCGAGUGAGGCUUCACAGUGCAAUCAGCUUGCCCUUAGGAGUUGUAACUUGCGCUUUGAGGAACAUGGCCAACCGCUUCUUUGAGGGAGCUGCCCAUGCUGCUGCCUACGCCAAAUUUAGACCCAGACCACCCACGUCACUAGCAGAAAGGAUUGUGUCCUUUGCAAAAGAAACAAUUUUUAUGAGCAGAAAUGGGAUCAAAAAGACUAACAAUAGUCAAGGAGAAACCCUGAAGGCUGCAGCUGAUGUAGGUUGUGGAUCUGGCCAGAGCACAGAGAUUCUGAGCCCUUACGUCGAGGCUGUGACAGGCCUCGAUGUUUCAGAAGCCCAGGUCCUGGAAGCAAGAAAAUUAAACAAGUAUCCUAAUAUCACAUACAAGGUGAGUCCUGCAGAAACAUUGCCCUUCUCUGACAAGAGCUUGUCCCUGGUCACGUCGUGCCAAGCAUGCCACUGGUUUGACAUGCCUGCCUUCUAUAAAGAAGUUGAUCGUAUUCUUGUGCCUGGUGGAGUCUUAGCAUUAUAUGGCUACCUCUUCCCAAAACCAAUUCAUGAGAAUUUUGGAGAUGAGCUGUAUAGCCUAAUAGACCAUUUGUAUAAAGAGCAACUGAAAGACUAUGUACACCAAGGGAGUAAGGAGGUCUACCUUGGAAAGUAUGAAGCUGAAAAAUACACUCUGAUAUAUAAAGAUCAAUUGAGAGAUGAGAGUCACUAUGUAGACAAGAUAGCCACAGUUGCUGAGCUCACAGGAUACCUCACUAGCUGGUCAGGCUUCCAGAAUUUCCGUGCCAAAAAUGGGGACGAGGCUGCCCAGAAGAUUCUGGAGAACUUCCAAGACAAGUUCAUAAAAACUCUUAAAGUGUCGACAACACCAGAAGAGACUUCUAUCCCCUUGAGGUUUCACUACUUCUUGCUUAUGGGGAGGAAGCCUUCGGAAUGAGUACGUCCUUGAGCAAGUUUUCUACAAGUAGCUGCUGCCUUCAGUUACUUAUUCUCACCAUGAAACUCGCAAAUACUAAUCAUGGUGUUCAGUAUUUGCUUUCAUUUGUUUGUGUGAGGGAUUUGGGGUAUACUUGUAUUUUUUUAAUAUCAAGUAACUGGUAGUGUUAGUGCAUGUAAUUUUGGAAGUGGUAAUACUAAAAAGGUAUAAGAAUUUGUAUUAUUCUUUUGUGUGACAUCAUUUACGUAUGAUGAUAGUAAUUAUAACAUUUUAGAAAUAUGUUGUGCAAAUAUAUAUUGUAUUCAUGUUUAUUGUUAAUUCAUAACUCUAUUUUUAAAAGUGAUUUAUACAUGAUUAAAGAAAUAUAUAUUGAAUAAUAUAAAA